CAGGCCACGAUGUUGUCAAUGAAGAAGUUGUCUUUAUGGAUCAUACCUCUAAAUCUGCUGCUUUCUCUGUCUGUCCUGAGUGGCGAGGCGGCGCACCUUAAGAUCGGUGUUCCAGAAAACUAUGAUGGUAUUUUCCCCUGGUACCUCACCAAGCUACCCGACCUGCCCCUAACAUACACUGAUCUAUUGGUGAGUGGUGAUGACGAUGGCAUUUUUGGAGUGGAGUCUGGAUUCUUGUACGCCCUAAAGCCACUGGACAGAGAAAAGCAGCCUUCAUACUCUCUGCAGGUGUCCUUCACAGCAUCCAUGCAUCCUCAGAGCUUCACUGUGGAGGUAUGCGUCAUUGACAAGAAUGACAACGUGCCUGUGUUCCUGGAGGAGAGCAUGCGAGGCUCGGUGCAGCUGGGUCUGCUGAAAGGGAUCCCGUUUAUGCAGGUGGAGGCUCUGGACCGUGACGAUCGCAACACUGCCCACGCUGACCUGCGCUUCAGACUUCUGGACCAGACUCCCCGCAUCCCCGCCAGCCACAUGUUCCACAUAGAUCCCAACACGGGCGAGGUCUCCCUCACUGAGGACGGGGCCUCCACCCUGGACCCGGAGAUGUGUGGCCGCUAUAAGCUCUCAGUGAUGGUGCAGGACAUGGGCGGAAAGGCCAAUGCUUUUUUCACAACUGGAACUGUACUGGUGGAGGUGACUGGGAACACCUGGGCCUCUCCUGAUCCAGUGCGGCUACAGGAGAACCUGCCAGGACCCUACCCCAUCCCUAUCUCUCAGGUAAAGUGGAGUGGGAGUCCAGUAGAGUACAGUCUGGAGGGAGAGUUUCCUGAGAUGCUCUUCACCAUCAGUAGAGAAGGGGUCAUCUAUCUGAACGCUCCACUGGACAGAGAAACACAGGACCAGUUCCACAUCAGUAUAGUUGCAGAGCGUCCUGAUGGUAGGGAGAUCGCUAAGCCCGUGGAGCUGAGGGUCAUGGUGGGCGACGCCAAUGACAACCGGCCCACCUUCCCUCAGAUGCAGUACCACACUGUGGUGAAGGAACUCGCUACAAAAGGAACUGAGAUUCUCACGGUCCAGGCUGCUGACAAUGAUGACCCCAAAACUGAUAAUGUGAGGAUUUUUUACCGGCUGGCCGGGCAGGUUCCCGAGAGCCCCCGCAACCUGUUCCGCGUGGACCGAGACUCUGGAGUCAUCACAGUGCAGGCGGACACUAUGGAGGGCACAGCUCCACAGUACACACUUACCAUCACUGCAGAGGAUGCUAAAGGACUGAACAGCUCCUGCACCGUGAUCGUCAAAGUUCUGGACGAAAACAACAACCCGCCAGUUUUCUCCCAGCAUGAGUAUGGUCCCUUUCACUUGGCGGAGGAUGCUGCGGUGGGUGCCACGGUAACGUCAGUAGCAGCAUGGGAUGCAGACGAAUGGGGCGGAGAUAGCUGGGUGGUGGAUUACAGGCUGGAGUCCGGGAACGAGGAGGAGGUGUUCACUCUGGUGACAGACAGACAGAACAAUGAAGUCUCCCUGGUGCUCGAUAAGGUGCUGGACUUUGAGAGGGAGAAUGAGUACAUUCUGGUGCUCAGUGCUCAGAACCCCGUGGCUCUGGUUCGGGGCAGGUACGGUCCGGCCUCCACCUCCACCGUCUCUAUCUUCAUUGACGACAUCAACGAAGGACCAGUUCUUUCCCAGAGCCACUAUGAGGUCACAGUCAGGGAGGGGGAGGAGCCAGGACGAGUCAUUGCUACAAUCAGGGGUUACGAUCCUGACUCUCAUCCAAUCAGGUACUCGCUGCGAGGUGACACUAAGAAAUAUUUCUCUAUUGGGAAGUAUUCCGGGGAGCUGAAGACCGUGCAGGCUCUGGAUAGAGAGGAGAACAGCACCUACACCAUGGAGGUGGUGGCUGAGGACGGACGUAACUCCUCCCUCUCAGCCUCCACGCUGGUCACCGUACACAUCCUGGAUGUAAACGAUAAUAGCCCGGUUCUGGUGGGAGAUUACUCCUGGAAGUACCUGUGUACCCCACGCUGGGAGGACCAGGCCCUUGUCCUAGCGUCCAGGGACAGCGACGGACCCCAACACGGAGGCAGGCUCAACUUCUCUCUCCGCAGUGACCCCACAGUGCGCCGCAACUGGAAACUCACACCUAUAAACGACACUCACACCAACCUCUCUCUGAAUGUUGAGUAUCUGGCUCCUGAGGUUUACACCGUCCCCUUCACCAUCUCUGACAGCAGCUCUCCACCCAGGAGCACCUUCAUCAACCUGCCAGUCACUGUCUGCACGUGUAACGUGAGGGGGAACUGCCGGAUCCCUGCCAAGCAGCUUGCAGGGAUGCCUACAAUCCAGUCCACACUGGGCGUCCUGCUGGGAACACUGGGAGUCAUAGGGAUCAUACUGAUAGUCAUCUUUGUAAGACUCUCCUAUCAGAACCCUCCUCCGCCCGGGAAAGCCAAUCAGGAGCGAGUUCCUCUCAGGAUGUCACUGUAGCGAAUGAGUCAUUCAUGCUUUUCUCACUUUCACUGUGUAUUAAUAACACCACGUCUUCCACACCUGUCUGUUCACUGCACCCAUUAACACCACAGCCUUCCUCCAGUACAGCACCAGUGUUUCCCAGUCUCACCAGCAUAGCACACUUUAGAGUUUUCUCACACAGAUCUCAAACUGGUGAAUCGCAUGAGAAUGAAGUGAGUGAGGAGGGAAAUGAGGCAGGUUUACCAGUGUAGAUUUUUUUAACCUGGAUGAUCAGACACGUUUUUUUAACAGCCCUGAUCCAUAAAGGGGAAAUAUUAUGCGAAAUUCACUCUCUACAUGCUUUUGUGUUUCCACUUGGGUCUCAACUGCCUCUGUAAACACUUCAAAUGCAAUAAUCAUAUGGUUCUAUGAGCAUUUUUUGGAUGUUCCCUUAUUGUGACAUCACUAUAAGGAAACCAGCACAGAACCACACUGACACCCACCACCCCUCAUCUUUCAACCCCCCACCAGAGCCCCACUUAAUAGAUUAGUUGAAGAAACGUCAUUUCAGUCUGCUGGUUGAGAACCUCAGACAGUACACAGCAGGAUAAGCCAGCAGACUUUGUCUGAGGGAGGGAUCUGUACCUACUAUAUGUGGCAAGUCAGCAGAUAAUGGAGAUAUAAGUACUUUCAAAUAAUGUAUUUUGUGUUUCUAUCACAGUUAAGUAUGAACUAGCUUGUUCAUGUUUUGCUUUUUAGCACAAGCUAACACUAUAACACAUGCUAAACACUCAGCGUAAACAUGAGGCAUGGCCAGCACCAGCUUAUUUGCAUAAAAGUGACAAGGCACUGAAAUUGGUAGGAAUAGAGCAGGUGAGAUCUCUUUAUGUGAGAGAUUCAAAUUUUUUUAAUUCAGUAGUUAAGUUCAAAAUGUGAAAUUCAUAUAUUAUGUAGAUGUAUUAAACACAGAGUGAUUUACUUUAAGCGUUUAUUUAUUUUAUUGUUGAUGAUUAUGGUUUACAGCCAAUGAAAACCCAAAAAUCAGUGUCUCAGAAAAUUAGAAUAUUAUAUAAGACCAAUUGGUACUUUUGUCAGUGUGGGCAGUGUGCCAAGUCCUGCUGGAAAAUGAAAUCUGCAUCUCCAUUAAAGUUGUCAGUAGCAGAGGGAAGCAUGAAGUGCUGUAAGAUUUUGUGGGAAAACAAAACUGCACUGACUUUAGACUUGAUAAUAAAACACAGUGGAUCAACACCAGCAGAUGACAUGUCUCUCCAAACCAUCACUGAUUGGUGGAAACUUCACACUAGACCUCGAGCAGUUUGGACUGUGUGUCUCUCCACUCUUCCUCCAGACUCUGCUCCCUUGAUUUACAAAUGAAAUGUAAAAUUUACUGAUGAUCAGUGAUGGUUUGGAGAGACAUGCUAAUCAUCUGCUGGUGUUAAUCCACUGUGUUAAUUUUUUUUUCGGCUAUAAGGCAUAAUCAUUAACAAUAAAACAAAUAAGCACUUAAAAUAAAUCACACUCUGUGUAAUACAUGUAUAUAAUAUAGGAGUUUCACAUUUUGAACUGAAUUACUGAAAUAAAGUUACUUUUCAAUGAUGUUCACAUUUUUUUGAGAUGCACUAGUAUGUCCUCUUUAAAGACCAACAUUUAACACCAAUUGCCAGCCAGAGCUAGGAUUUAUCACCAGUAAUUACUUUAUAUAUUAAUAUUUAUUUACCAUAUACUCAUGAUAUACUUCUGAUGUUUUUUCUUUUUCAUUGUUUCAGAGUCAACAAAUGAUUAAAGCAUGUAAAGGUCAAUUAAGCAUUGAAGAACAGGGUAAACAGAGGAUAAUAUGUAGAGGAAACAGAUACAGAUACAAGUCCUACAGGGGUUGGACAAUGAAGCUGAAACUCCUGUCAUUUUAGUGUGGGAGGAUUCAUGGCUAAAUUGGAGCAGCCUGGUGAUCAAUCUUCAUUAAUUGCACAUUGCACCAGUAAGAUGAGAGUGUGAAGGUUCAAUUAGCAGGGUAAGAGCACAGUUUUACUCAAAAUAUUGCAAUGCACACUAUAACAUUAUGGGUGGCAUACCAGAGAUCAAAAGAGGACAAAUUGUUGGUGCACGUCUUGCUGGAGCAUCUGUGACCAAGACAGCAAGUCUUUGUGAUGCAUCAAGAGCCACGGUAUCCAGGGUAAUGUCAGCAUACCACCAAGAAGGACCAACCACAUCCAACAGGAUUAACUGUGGAUGCUGUAAGAGGAAGCUGUCUGAAAGGGAUGUUCGGGUGCUAACCCGGAUUGUAUCCAAAAAACAUAAAACCACGGCUGAUCAAAUCACGCAGAAUUCAAUGUGCACCUCAACUCUCCUGUUUCCACCAGAACUGUCCGUCACCACAAUAAAUUAUUGUGGUCUAAAACCAGGUGUUUCAGUUUCAUCGUCCAACCCCUGUACGUAUAUGCUGAGUGGAGCUGAAAUAAUGAAUAAUGGGUAUAGAAGCAUGAAGGUAGUCAUAAUGUAUGCUUAAUUGGUAUUUAUUGGUAUUUUAGCCUGAUCAAAGUGUGUAGAGCAGUAGGUGCGACUGUUUAUAGUAAGUUUAUAAGUAAAUGUUGAUUUAUUCAGGGUUAGCUGGGUUGUUUAGUUUGUGGGACCAGUUUUACAUCACCUCUCACCACUGUUGUCUUUAAUAUGACCAACAAUAAACAUGUAAUUUACAUGA